UUUGUCCCGGAGUUUUUUCUUCUCAGCGGGUUUCUGGAUGUUUGGGAUGUUUUACUGGGACAAGAAGUGAAAAAAACUGGAUUAACUGGAGAGAGAGAGAGAGAGAGACAGAGAGAGGGAGAGAGAGAGAGAGAGGGAGAGAGAAAAGAGAGAGAAGACAAAGACUCGGAGGAGUUUGCUCGGGAUUUCUUUGCUUUGAGAAACUGAGAAGUUGGUGCGUGCAUGUGUAUGUGUGAGUGUGUGUGUGCGUGUGUAUGUGCGUGUUUGCGCGAGCGAGUGUGUAUGCUCCUACACUGUGUGUGUGGGGGUGUGUGUAUCUUGAAGCAGUGUGUGUGUGAGAGUGUGUGAGUGUGUGUGAGUGUGUGUCCUCUGCUCCGGCCGCCCCCCGGGCCGCCGCAGCCCCUCAGGCCGCCGGACAGAGCCUCAGGGCCGGGCUCGCAGGCCGGGUCCUGCCGCCUCCCCAAACUUUCCCAACAGUUUUCAGACUCUGAGGCGUCCGGGCUCGGAGUGACGCCCCCCCACACCCCCUCCCCUCCGGACGGAUUACCGUGUUCCCUCGGAGCAGAUGUCCUGCGCUCCGCUCCUCUCGGCUCUCGGUUCCGGUAUCGAUCGGCUCCAAUGAGGCGCGCGCGGCGGGCCGAGAGCGAGCCCAGCUGACGCCGUCCGAUCGGUGAUCAAUAGCGCUGAUCGGCUGCGGAUUGGAUCGGUUGGCCCACAUCGAUCCGGGUUGAUCCGGCCCGACCUGCGGCUGAUUGAUCUGAUCUGAUCGGGACUGAUAGAGCUGAUCAGGUAUCGAUGAGGCGGAUGGAGGGUCUCGCGCUGCUGCUCGCGCUGCUGCUGUGUGUCUGCAGGGCGGAGGAAGAGGUGCUGAUGAACACAAAGCUGGAAACAUCUGACCUGCGAUGGACAUCCUAUCCUGCUGACGACCUGCAGUGGGAGGAGGUGAGCGGAUUGGACGACGAGGGGAACAGCGUGCGGACCUAUCAGAUCUGCACGCUGGACAGCCCCGCCUCCUAUUGGCUGCGGACGCGCUGGAUCCCCAGGAGGGCGGCGACCGUCCUCUACAUCGAGAUCCGCUUCACCAUGAUGGAAUGUUCCAGUUUGAAUUCUCGCCACUGCAAGGAAACGUUCAACCUGUAUUACUACCCGUCUGACAGCGACGACGCCACCAACACACACCCGGCCUGGAUGGAGAACCCCUACACCAAGGUUGCCACGGUGGCGGCGGACCACCUGCUGCGGCGCGGCGGCGAGCGGCGCUCCAACGUGAAGACGGUGCGUUUAGGGCCCCUGCGGCAGGCCGGCCUCUACCUGGCCUUCCACAGCCACAGCGCCUGCAUGGCCCUGCUGUCCGUGCGCCUCUACUACAGGAAGUGCCCGCCCCUCCGCCGCGCCUUCGCCUCCUUCCCCGAGACCGUCCCGCACGCCCUGGUGGAGCCGGCUCAGGGUGUGUGUGUGGAGAACGCUGUGACUCCGGCCGGCGAGCAGGCGCGGCCUCCCAGCAUGCUUUGCGGUGAGGACGGGCAGUGGGUGGGGGAGCCGACCUCCAGCUGCGCCUGCCGACCAGGAUACGAGGCUGCAGAGUCGGAGCUGCGCUGCAGAGCCUGUCCGUCAGGGCAGUUUAAGGCGGGGUCAGGACCAGGGGGGUGUGCUGGCUGUCCAGCCAAUAGCAACACGCGUAUCCCAGGCUCCGCCUACUGCCCCUGUCAACCUGGUUACUACCGAGCCGACUCCGACCCCCCCCACACCGCCUGCACACGCCCCCCCUCAGCACCCCGCUCCAUCGUCACGCAGAUUAACGACACCAUGGUGACGCUGGAGUGGAGCGAGCCGCUGGAGCGCGGCGGGCGCAGCGACCUGACCUACAGCGUGAGCUGCAGCCGCUGCCGCAGCAAGGGUGAGGUCACUUCCUGUUUGCCGUGUGACGACGCUGUGUCGUACCGGCCGGCCCAGCUCGGCCUGACUCAGCGCCGCGUCGUAAUCUGGGGCCUGCAGCCACACACCAACUACACACUGACCGUCCAAUCCCUGAACGGCGUCUCCUCUUUCAGCCAAUCAGAGCCGGCCACAGAGAGAGUCAACGUCACCACCAGCAGAGACGUUCCCGCUCCAGUGUCUGGUCUGAGGAGGACGGCGGCGUCAGAGAGCAGCCUCUCUUUAGAGUGGAAUGUCCCUUUACAGCAGAGCCAGUACAGCAUCCUGGACUACCAGCUACGCUACUGCCCCAAGGUCGGCGAGGAGGCGGGGCAGUGGCAGUACCUGACCAGCAGCUCUUCUUCGGUGGUGCUGUCGGGGCUGCAGCGCGCCGCCCGCUACCAGGUGCAGGUCCGCGCCCGCUCACAGGCCGGCUACGGCUCCUUUAGCCCCGCCUCCAGCUUCCACACGCUGCCCGACGAGGGUGAAGGCCACUCCCACCUGAUGCUCACAGGUAUUCUGGUUGCCAUGGGGAUACUGCUGCUUAUUGCCGUGGCGACAGUUGCUGUCUACUGUUACCGCAGGCGCAGGGCGAGGGACUCGGAGAUGAACGAUAAGAGUGGACACUACCUGAUGGGACAGACGAUGAAGGUGUACAUCGACCCGUUCACGUACGAGGACCCCAACGAGGCGGUGAGGGAGUUCGCCAAGGAGAUCGACGCCUCCUUCGUCAAGAUCGAGGAGGUGAUCGGAGCAGGUGAGUUCGGGGAGGUGUGCCGCGGCCGGCUGCGGGUCCCGGGCCGGAAGGAGAACUACGUGGCCAUCAAGACGCUGAAGGGCGGCUACACGGACAAGCAGAGGCGGGACUUCCUGUCGGAGGCGUCCAUCAUGGGCCAGUUCCAGCACCCCAACAUCAUCCACCUGGAGGGUGUCAUCACCACCUCCUGUCCCGUCAUGAUCCUCACCGAGUUCAUGGAGAACGGGGCGCUCGACAGCUUCCUGAGGAUGAACGACGGGCAGUUCACCACCAUCCAGCUGGUGGGGAUGCUGCGGGGAAUCGCGGCGGGGAUGAAAUAUCUGUCAGAGAUGAGCUUCGUGCACCGAGACCUGGCAGCUCGCAACAUCCUGGUCAACUCCAACCUGGUCUGCAAGGUGUCAGACUUCGGUCUCAGCAGGUUCCUGACAGAGAACUCGUCCGACCCGACGUACACCAGCUCUCUGGGGGGGAAGAUUCCUAUUCGCUGGACGGCUCCAGAGGCCAUCGCCUACAGGAAGUUCACGUCAGCCAGCGAUGCGUGGAGUUACGGCAUCGUCAUGUGGGAGGUGAUGUCAUACGGAGAGCGACCGUACUGGGACAUGAGCAACCAGGACGUGAUCAACGCCAUCGAACAGGACUACCGUCUGCCGCCGCCCCCCGACUGCCCCGCCUCCCUGCACGCGCUCAUGCUCGACUGCUGGCAGAAGGAACGAGCCAAUCGGCCGAGGUUCUGCGCCGUGGUGUCGGCGCUCGAUAGGCUGAUCAGAAACCCCGCCUCCCUGAAGGUGACCCGCCCCGACGGCCCGGGCCCCUCCCAGCCCCUGCUGGACCAGCGGGUGCCCCCCCCCCUGUCGGCCUGUGCCUCGGUGGGCGAGUGGCUGCGAGCCAUAAAGAUGGAGCGAUACGAGCAGAGCUUCAUCCAGGCCGGCUUCACCAGCCUGGACAUCAUCUCCCACAUCAACACCGAAGACCUGCUGAGAGUGGGCGUGACCCUUGCCGGCCACCAGAAGAAGAUCCUCUCCUCCAUUCAGACGCUCAGGAUACACAAAGCCCCGCCCACCCUGCCCUUCUGACCAAUCAGGACCUGCCCUCUUGUACCGCCCGUUCACAACACUCAGGAUGCCGCCAAGCCCCGCCCACUCCUCCACGCUGACCCAUCCUGUCACGCUGACCAAUCAGAGAGCCUCAGGACUGUGGAGACCCCGCCUACCCUGCCUGACCAAUCAGAGGCCUCUGGUGAAAUGGAGCACUGUGACUCAAAGGAAACAGGAAGAAUCACCGCAGGAGGCCACGCCCCCUCCACUGUAGCCCCUCCCCUUCCAGUUCUAUAAGCAUAAUAAUCAGAUAAACAGGAAGCGCCCCGCUGCAGGGCGGGACACUUGGGACUAACCUCCUGUUGUGAUUGGAUACUGCUCGACUCAGCUGUGACAAGACUCCGCCCACCUUGGUAUUCUGACCAAUCAGAAUACCAAUAUCCAAGUUUUUUUCUCGUUAAUUUACAUAUUUAAUCUCAGAAUGUUUUUACCCCCCCGCCCCGGCGCUGUGUUUUUGUUUCUCAGACGGUGCCUCUGAUUGGCCGUCAUGGUUGACUGACAGUCACAACAGUCCAACACCAGAGUUUGAACUUCAAAUUAAAAGUCCUGUUCUUAUUGUGACACCUCCUCUGGAUCACGGAGUGGUCAUGUGAUCCAGUCCCCGCCUCCUCCUGCCGCUCUGCGUGGCUCCGUUAGGCUCCGCCCCCUGUAACCGACCAAAGCUCAUCUGAUUAAAGAACAUCCGAACACUGAAGGAGAGACUCUGCUUUCUGAUUGGUCAGUUUGGUCACCUGGACGGCCCGGUGCAUUAUGGGACACAGCAGACACUCCCAGAGGUCCCGCCCUGCAGGACCACGCGGGCCAAUCCACAGCUCAGGAAACUCAAAGCUCCUCCUGCCGUUCCCUGAUUGGCUGAUCCUUCGGCGUCCGCCAGCCAACCAGCAUCAAGUUUUUUUGUGUUUUUUUAGGUGACGAGUUCCAGCGAACGCACGGCGCCGGCCGACCGACCCGGAAACAGAACCAAUCGAAAUCCCUGAAGGUCCAGAACCAGAGUCCGGUCCGGUUCUGUUGGAUUAUUUUGGAUUUCUAAUUCAGGACAAUGUCGAAGGAACAAAAAUAAAGUUGACAGUCGAAACAAACGCACCCGAUCUGUUGCCAUGGUGACUGCCAGAGCGAAACUAAACAAAGAGACAACAAGGGGACGGACCUGAAACGCAUCCGAGGAACCUUUCUGUUCUCUAAGUAAAUAAUCCAUGAGGAAUAUUCUGGGAUGUUAUUAGAACACUGUGGAACCUUUUUUGUUUUUUUUCUAGGAAUUCCUCAGGGAUUUUUCAGGGCGCCGUGGAACCUUACAGAGGUGGGGGGGUUCCCCUGAGGAAUACCGAGAGACUCGAUCGGGAAUCUCUUAUGGAAUAUGGGAAUUUGUACGCCAUGUUACAGAGCUGUGUGUUGUGUUCCCCGGACCGCAGGUUCUCCCGGUGUACGUCGCUGAGCCUGAGGGUUCCCGUGUCCGAGGGAUCUGGAACUCUUUAACCCUUCAGUUUGUCCGUUUGUGCCUUCUGGAACAAAAAAAGUUCCUUCGCCAGUGACUCGGCAGAUUUUUGCUGCUUCUGCAUCGGAAAAAACAACAACAACAAGAUUCCAAGGAGUAAAAACUAACAUAACUGCAGUUUUUAAAAAGUUCCAGAUCCCAACCAGGGGGAACUGUUCUAGUCUAGAGGAAACAUUGGAACUAUUGGAUUGUAGAACUGUUGAUGGUAUUCUAUUUUAGCACUUUUUGUACCUGAUUUUUAAUCAUGUUUUUUGUUUUGUUUUGUUUUGUUUUUGUAGGAUUGACGUUUUUUUUUUUACUCUAAAUUUACAUUUCAGGAAAAGUUCCCUUUGCAUUUCAGUUUAUUUUGUAAAACACAAUUUAAAGGCCUGUUCACACCGAGUGAGAGUGUGUGUGUGUGUGUGUGUGUGUGUGUGUGUGUGUGUGUGACAACACAACAGCUGGUUGCCAUGUUGGUUCUGUUGGUUCCUGUUAUGGCUUUGAUCAUACAGUUCUAUGUUCUCCGAGACCCUGGAGACCAACAGCUGCAUGGACCAAAACCUCCCUGCCUACGACUCCACCGCCAUUCAAGUGCCUUCCUUAUAUCAGGUUACCAUAGCAACCUGCAGGGGAAAAAAGCCUUUACGAACUUUUACAAAUCGCAGCUCGGGAACUCGGGCAGCGUUGACAUUUCCAGGUUAGCUGAGGUGGCGUUCAGGUGCUCAUGAAGCUCAGUAAAAUCAGUAAAUGCUUUAUUUUUAUUUUUGAGAUGCUUUGUUUUGU